AUGGGAGGAAAAGGUGGUAGCGGUGGUGGAGGGAAGGGUGGUGGCGGUGGUGGUGGAGGAGGGAAAGGUGGUGGAGGCAGUGGAGGAGGUAGGAACGGUGGUGGUAGCGGUGGGGGAGGAGGGAAAAGCGGUGGCGGAAGUGGUGGAGGCUACAUUGUGGCUCCGGGGAGCAAUGGAUCUUCUUACAUUUCAAGGGAUAACUUUGAAAGUGAUCCUAAAAGCUACUUUGGUAGUCUGCAUGGCAGUGGACAGGGUAGCAAGUGACUUUGGUCUGUUUAUUUCUCUAUUUCUGCAUUUAAGGUGGUUAUUAUCACCGAAUAAAUUAUCUAAUGAUCAAAUAAAAUGAGAUUUUCUAUUUAUAUGAUUCAUAGCUUUCUCGAAUAUCAGUAUCAAUGGUACUAAUUAAAUUAAUAUAAUUAACAAACUCAAAGUAGAAUCAAUCGAUACAUAUAUUGCUUGUCUGAUGCAAUAAUUUCAUUAAGGGACUCUUAAAAUCUGAAUAUUCUUCUGGUGGCUUUUUGAGAGUCUUUUGAA